UAAACAGUGCGUGUUUACGGCGGGCGGGCGGAGGGCGGCUCGGGCCCGCUCGGACCGUCUCGGGCCACGUGACGGCGACGGCGGCCAAUAGCGGCGCGGCGCCGGGUGCGCGCGCACCCGCGCAGUCGCGUCCGCGCCAGCCAUGGCGGCCGCUGGCCUGCCUGAAUUCGACCUCUCGCAAAUAAAAACGCGCUCCGUAGAAAGAACUCUACUACCACUCAUCAAACAGAUUAGUAGUUUGGUGGCGACACGAGGCGACGCUUCCGGCGCUGCCGUGCAGCGCGUUGGCGCAGCCGUGUGUUGCGCGGUCGAGCGCUUCGUGGCCGUGGGAGAGACCAUCGCGGACGACAACCCCGACGUACGCCACAGCAUGGUCCUGGCGUGCAAGGAGGCGCGAGCCGCAGGUCGUGCGAUCGAGCGGGUGUGUGCGGGCGCGGACGGCGCGGGCAUGGUGUCGGCGGCGCGAGCGCUGCUCGCAGCGGUCACGCGCGUGCUACUGCUCGCCGACAUGGUGGUUGUGCGACAACUACUGCUAGCCAAGGACAAGAUCCUUCAUCAAUACCGGCAGGUGGUACGCUCGCUGGACCGCCUCGAGUCCGUGUCCAACUUCGCGGAGUUCGUGCGCGCCUUCACCGAGUUUGGCGGCGGCAUGGUGGAGCUGGCCAGGCUGACGGCGGAGCGGAGAGCGGACCUGAGAGACGAGCGGCGGAGAGCACAAGUCGCCGCCGCGAGGAACGUGCUGGAACGAUCUACGCUUAUGCUACUUACCUCAUCCAAAACUUGCCUUAGGCACCCCGGGAGUGCCAGCGCACGGGAGAACCGCGACACCGUGUUCUGCCAGAUGCGGCGCGCCAUGGACCUCAUCCACUACGUCGUGCGCGACGGGCUGCCCGGCCACGACGACCACUCGCAGGAGUGGACCUUGAAUACUUCUAAAAAGGAAAACCCGCAGUUGCAACCUUUCUCGGAUAGUCGUGAACAGGCUGCGCAAUGGGAAGCAGGGACGGCGUUAGGCUCGCUUCGGGGGUUAACGUCACAAGUCCGCGCAGCGCGCGCCCGCGGCGGCGCAGACGCCCCACGGCGGCGUGCACUCGCGUCGACGCUGCGCGCGCUGGUGGAACGUACGCACGACUUCACGGACUCCGCCUACACGUCGCACAACCACCGGCAGCGGAUACUGGCGCUCGCCGAGCGGAUAGCGUACGAGCUAGAGAGGCUCGUCGCUGUUGCUGUCUCAAUGGAGGAGCAAGGCGCGACGGGCAGCGGCGCGGCGCUAGAGAGCGCGAGCGUAGGCGCAGCAAGCGCGGCGGCCGAGCUCGAGCGGGCGCUCGUGGAGGCGGCGCGGGACCAGGCGCGCGACCUGGGGCCGCUCGCCGACGACGCGAGGAGGCUAGCCUCCGACCUUGCACACAUAGCUAGUUCCUGUGGUGAGAGAGAAUCAGAGAGACUGCACAAUAUAGCCAGCCGGCUCCACGAACAAUUAGAUCACAUAAUAGAGGUAUGCAAAUUACUUAGACACAUAGCAAUGUCGGAGACGUUGCAAGUGAGCGCGAAGUUUGCGGAGAUUAAUCUGAGGAUAUACGGGCCACAAGUGGUGACGGCUGCGCGAACACUGGCCGCACACCCAGGCAGCGCAGCGGCGCGGGAGAACCUCGACGUGUUCGUGGACAUGUGGGCGUGGUUGUUAGCAGACGCGGCGCGGCUGGCGCGCGAGUUGCUCGACCUCACGGGCGAGCGGCAAGACAAGCAGCAGUAUAGCAGUUUGCCUAGGCCAGGGAAACAUGGAACGACGAGUAAACCGUUAAAAGCAGUUAAAUUAGACUCUGAAGAACAAGCGAAAAUCGCCAAGUCAGGGCUGGAGAUGAAAAUGAUGUCGUCGGAGAUGGACGCGGAGACUGAGAAGUGGCAGGGGGCAGCUGCCGACGAGAACAACGAUAUUGUGAAAAGGGCAAAAAAUAUGUCUUCCAUGGCCUUCGCUAUGUAUCAGUUUACAAAAGGCGAGGGCCGUUUAAACACUACCCAAGACCUCUUCACGCAAGCGGAGUACUUCGCCGAGGAAGCGAAUAGACUGUAUAAAAUAAUACGACAAUUUUCUUACCAGGUACCAGCAGGUACAACGAAAAAAGAAUUGUUGGAACAAUUAGAUAAAGUCCCCACGUACGUGCAGCAACUACAAUUUACAGUGAAAGAGCCCACAGUAGGCCGCGCAGCCACUUUCAGUAAAGUCGACAACGUCAUCCAGGAAACGAAACAUCUUAUGAACGUCAUAAGUAAAGUCGUCACUACAUGUUUCGACUGCGCCAACAAGGGUCUUAUACCGCUGGACAAAGCGAUUAACAAAACCUCAACAAGGGGCGACUCGUACAAGCUGGACUUCACGGGGCUGUCGGCGGGCGAGGCGACGCGCGGGCGCGGCGCGGCGCGCGACGAGGACCCGACGGGCGGCGGCGGCGGCGACGCCAAGCCGGGCGGCAGCGCGGGCGACACGGCCAUGUGACAGUACGGCAUGGGCCGGCGCGGCAAGGGCGACGCGCGCCGGACCAGGGUCAGCUUCCUCUUGUUUUAAAGACUGCGUCUCUAAAACGAACGUCGCCUGCGGUCGGCUGGAUCGCUCUCUUGCGGUUACAUCGCUCUCGUAAAAGAUGAACCGGUGAUGGACGGAUAGAUUUCCAUGUCGGUGAUAAUUAACUAGCGAAUGUUGCCGCUUAUAUCUCCCUCGAAAUUUUACAUUCGUAAUGUUCGUAUUCGUAGUAGUUUUUCGCUAGAUACUAUUUCUAAUACUAAUUCUAUUAUAGUAUUUUCUUAUAUCUCUGAAAUUUAAAGAAUAGAUAAAAUUCUGUAUUUUAUGAAACGCUCUAACCGGAUCUUUGAAGAUCCAGACGAGUGGAGGUAGAGAGAAUCAAGUUGAGUAUUAGUCGUACAACGAAAUAUAAACGAAGCGAUGCGUCCGCAAUAUUGUUUGUAUCCUGGAAGAUCACAUGGAUCAGCGUCUACUAUCGAUGGAGCCUUGUAGCGUUGUAUGCAUGUGAUUUUACACUCCGACUCUGAAGGCUGUCAACCGUUUAACAGUAGGCACACGAUACGAACUGGUAUCGCGACUGUUCGAUGGUUGGCAGCUACACUUAAUAUAAGAUGGACAGUACGAUAAAUUUAAAGUAUUUACAGAAGUAAGUUUUGGCUAAUCACUUGCGACACACAAGCGCGCCCUCUCGCGGAGUUGAGGUCUAUUUUCUUCUAGAUAAACUCGGUAGUUAGUACAUACAUAGCAACAAGUAAGUAGCGAGCGCGCGGUCGCGACGCAUUUGGCUGUGCAAAAAUAAUAAUCUACUAAGUAUUGUGUUCUACAGCAAUUUCUAACUGUAUUCGUAGACUAGGGAUCAGGCAUUAAAGAUAUCGACAUUACAUGCAGUUGUUACAAUCGUUACGAAUUUUAUCUUUAUUACUAUUUUGUGAUCGGUAAGAAAAGAGUGAAAUCGUACAAUAAAUACUUGUUAACUACACACUCAUAAAUAAUGUUACACUAUCUAGUUAAAUAAAAUACGUAUGUAUACAAUAACACAGAAUAAUAAGUACAAAGUAUUUCCUAUUUAUUUAUGUUUCCCUUUCUUAAGCUUAUCUAAGUAUGUACCUACCUUUACCUUUCUUAUACCUUUUAUCUACUUGUAUUUUAAUAUAUGGUCAUUUUCCUAUAUAUACUUUUAUUACCUCACACCCUGGAUUGUUUGUCUUUAUGCUAUUUGUCUUUCCUACUUGCACCCUUCUGCACCUUCCGUGGUCCUGUUGCACAUUUUGUUUAUGCACGUUUGGCUUCCUUCGUUACUUUGGCAGCAGAUCAGACGCUAUUUCUAACAUCACGUCAAUGAAUAUUUACAUCUUCAGAACAACACAGCGUCACUCGCAUUCGAUGUUAACGCAUUAUUAGAAGUUUCUCUUUCAACGAGUUCGUGUACAUACGUAGGUAUAUUAGUUCGGUUGAUGUCUUCGAUUCUGCGUCGUCCGGAUGGCGACUUUUGCAUGAUUGUGAAACGGAUCAAAUAGAUGUGUGUUGCAUGUGUGUACGUGAUAAUUGUAUUGAAUGUCGUACUUCAUCUUUCCGACGGGGGAUGUUAAGUAAUAAGAUAAGGGAACUUGACUCUGGUUGCUAAGAAGCAGCACCUACGUCGCCGAAACGCAUGGUGUUAUAUAGACCAGGUCUGCGCAGGUGGCAGCACACGCUGCACGCUAAGGCACAGAAUACAUGUUUGCGCCCUUUACGCGUUGAUAAACCAAUUUGCUUGGUUAUAGAACAGCUCGCGUGAUUGAUCUGCACCAUCGUAAUGAACAUUACGAUCUCGAUUCUCGCCGCUCCGUGUGUUCUGCGCCUAAGCUAACACCAUAUCGCCGGCAUGACGCCACAGACCAUAUCCGCAUUGUCGCUAAUUAAUAAUCAAUCGUUACGGCAAUAAUCAACAUAUCAAUUUAAUUAGAUUUAUCGAUUGUUAACGAAAAACGACGGGGUCGUUAUUUAGUAUUUAGGUAUUUCUGGGGGCUAGAUUACAAUAGUUGGUACCAAAGCGUCAGCGACGAUUCAUUUGAUAAGUAAUUUAAAGUAUUUCCUGCAGUAGGUGCUGGCUAUGCUUACAAUAAAUGUGUAUAUAUUUUUGAAGAGCCCUUGUUAAUAGUGCACGAUCGGCCUAUGUUUCGAAGCGUUUAGUUUAGGAUAGGCAUCAAUGUGACUGUCUCGCCAUAUCACGUUUCGAGUGUCGCCAACUGUCAAUUAUUAUGGUGGGAGUAGUAUACAUGCUUUCUGACAACUCUCGCCUCACCGUGCUUUCACCUGUUCACGGUCUAUAUAACACUUCGCAUGUUUCAUACACCUACUUUUAGCAUUUACUUUUAAAUUCUACGUGAAUGAUGUCGUCUUUCUAUAAUUUGUAAUUAUAUAGUAGGUACCUAUUAUAUUAUUGUUAUACUGUAACUGUAACGACUACUCUUAAAUCUUAUUGCCUUCAAAAAUAAUUUUACCGUUAUGUACUUACUAGACUCCUGUUAAGAUACUUAAAGCUCUGAAAUUAGGAUAGUGAUAUGCUAACAAUAUUCGAGUUAAUGUAAAGAGCUUGACAAAGCUUUAUAAUGAAGAGUUGUGAAUCGAACUUGUGGCCACGUAUCUAGAUUCAAAGAUUAGUAUAAGGCGAGGCCGUACUGCCUGAUGUGAGGAUCGGAUGAUUGCGUUGGUCCUCUAGUUCUAGGUAGUUUCUAACUUUUGUGCAUAUUGCAUGAAUGUGUUAUGAACUGACUUCGACUGUAGAUAUAUCUACACAAGUAUACCAAAUCGGCCCAAACGCUCAUGGAUCACGUACAGUUGAAGUUUAUUUAAAAUGGCUGUUUUUCAGCAUGUCUACGCGCAUGUAACUCCUCUGAAGUUGCAGGCGUACAUAGGCUACGGAGACUGCUUACCAUCAGGCGGGCCGUAUGCUUAUUUGCGACCGACGUAGUAUAAAAAAAGUCUAUGCUCUCCUUUGUGAUAUUAAAAUGGAAAAAAUACAUGUAUAAGGUUUUUUUUUCUCAUACGCUAAAGCCCUAGUGACGUCACAGCUAUGACACGCUUAGCGGACAUGUUUAUUUCGCAAUUCAUACGACAUAUAUUUAGACAUGCAUCCUAAUAUUCCUAAUACUGUCUUAAGUAAACUAAUGAAGUAUAAGUACAUACUAGAUGGGCAAACGCAAUUUCUUCUUGAUCGCAUCUGGCCAGUGCCCCACGCGUGCCGCUUUGACUGUUCAGUAAUUACGUACCUAUAUAUAAGCGUUCACCGCGAGCCGUGGACUACGAUAUAGGUAAUUUAGUACACUUAGAUAUUCAGCUAGCGACGUUAUAAUAGGUAUCAUACGUGCUUUUACUUCAGAACGAUAGCCGUUAUCGAUCAACACUACGUUUAACAUGCGCGAAAUAACCAUAGCCAAUUAAGUAAUAAGGAGAAGUCAUAUACAUUAUAUAUACAUUCAAUAUGGUGUUCCUCGAAUUAUUGUUACAGAUUAUGGACUUUUAGCUUAUGUCGCAUCGUAAUUUAUCUAUUAUGUCGAGUGAGCUCUCUACAGGUAUAUUAUGUGUAUAUGUAGGGUGAACUGUUCAUUAGUUAACCACCCUUUGGCUGUUAGUUAAUAUUUGCAUUCAAGACAUUUUAAUUUUCCUUAGUUUUUAUAUAAUUGUGCAUUUACAAAAUAAUUAAAUUUAGCUAAUAGUGUCCAUUAACCAGGGGUACAUUCUAGAGUUAACCAAGUUGUAUACAUUUCAUCACUAAUUUUUUAAUUUUUUUGAAAAUUAAAAUCUCCACAAUCUUUAUAAUUAAUGAAAACUCUAAACUAACAAAAAUUUUAAAUAAUAUUUAUCUGAAUUAUUAUCCUUCAAAAUCAAUAUUUUGUACCAUUAGUCCAUUACCUAUCAACCGUAAACAUUAGAAGUUACUAACAUGUCUCAAAUCGAAUUACUAUGUAAUUAUCAUGGUAAUAACAUCUGUUUAUUUGAAGUAAUGCAGCUUAUUAUUUAUGUAUUUAUUAAUUUAAAAUAAAAUGUAUAAUAUACUUUGGUUUUGGUUAAAUGAUCGACACCGCCCUCCCAACGCGGUUUCGUUCACCUGGCUUUUAUGCCCUGGUUGCACCGAGCGGCAAAGUCGGGUGCACUAGAGGCUAACUGAUGGACAGCGGACCCUACAUUAAAAUAAAAGGUACUUGACUGAGGCUCACUAAAGUGACGCCAUCUACAACUUUGAUGACGAUCCACAACUUUGUGAACUCCAUAAGACAUGUUUAUUAUCAUUUACUUGGCUCUGGUAAUAAAAAACAUAGGUACCUAAUGAACAGUGACCAAAAUCACCACGGCAAUCUUAUGAAACAUUGGUAGAAUGUGUAGAAUAAUUAGGUAUAUUUAUUUGAUUAUAAAAAAAAAUUAUGCUGUUUAAAAGCGCAUAUCAUUUGAAACUUAUUUUUUGAAGGUGAAUAGUAAAUCAAUAAAUAAAAUAAAAUAAAAAAUAUAUCCGUAUUUUGUUCAUUUUUCUUUCAUUACAAAAUUAAAAAAAGGAACAUCGGAAGGACAAACUAAUACAACAGCUUCUACUUAAUUUUUAAAUGAGUAACAUAAUUGUUAGAAAUUAUCCACACCUACUGAUCACUUAUAUACAUUAUUUUUUUUAACAAGCAGAAACGUCUGCGAACGAUGCUAUUAAGCUUAGAAUAAAUUUAAAAGUGAAACAAAUACUACCUUGGAUGAGACUUGAACUUAUCCAAGAGGCCCAGUUCAAGUCUCAAACGAGGCAGUAAUUAUUCCACUUUUAAAUUUACUUAUAUAAAAACAACAAAAUAACUAAUCAUAAUCAAGUGCCCGUGUUACCAUAUUAUAAUUUGCAAUUAUGAAUUAAUUGCAUUUUUCAUCAGAACAAUAUGAAAUCCUCUUAACGAAAGUAGAAUUAUACAAUAGGGUAUCAACAUAAUAGAUCAUAAAAAGCUACACUACACACACGUGCCUCGGUAGACACCUACGUAAUGUAGGCCCUACUCGCGUUAACGGUGACGGUAAGGUACCGAGCGGCCUCUAGGAGUACCAGUUUUUAGAUUUAAAGAGAUGUGAGUGCUAAAAUCAAAGAAAAAUCAUGUUAUAAAAGCGGUUUCAGUAGAUGGCGACACUCAACGAUAAUAUACUUAUAGGUAUCUCAAAACCUUGUGUGCGUAAGUCUAUACCUAAUGUUCAUAGUAUGUACUAAAAGACGUAGUACAGUCAGCAUCAAAAGUAGCGGAUCAAACAAGGUUUCAAAAGUAUCUACCAUUCUGAAACAGCUUAACAAAAUGAGGUGGUUCUAUAUGUAGAACAAUUAAGACGGUAAAAGAUAUAGUUUUGAAUGUAAAUUUUAGAGAUUUAUCUAUAUUUGGAAAAAUUAUACGGAAUAUCAGAUACUUUUGGCGCGUUGUUUCAUCCGCUACUAUUGAUGCUGACUGUACAGUUACAAUCUCAUGAUAAAAUAAUUAAUCUACUGCUAUUUUUUUAACAGUUUGUGAAAUUUUUCGCAAACUGUAAUUUAUAAUUGGGUAUAUUAUUAUUCAAAAAAUACCAAAAUGGUUUAGUCAAAUAUGGAUACCUACUACUGUUAACGAGUUGAGUUGAAUUGUUACUCAUAUAUAGGAUUGUACAGAAAGAACUUUCGUGUUAGCACUUGGUGCUACACCUUAGAACGCCAUCUACUGAUAUUUUCACGAUACUUUUAUUGAUUUUAGCACUAUCUAUGUUAAUUUCUCUAUUUAUCUGCUAGUUGUCACUUAUCACCUCACUCAGAAGCAUUAAACUCGAUACAAUAAAUUGACUUCCAUCACAUAAUAUUAAAAUCAAUCACUUAUUUCACAAAGGACCUAAAUUUCUUAAUACCAUUUGUAAAAUAACUGAUUGAAUCGAUUAGUGGUUAUAUUAUAGAUAAUAGACAAAUAGAAUAAAAAGGUACAUGAGAUAAUUUGUGAUACUUGAGAUUUAGUGCAACGUCCUGUAUAAUUUUCAAUAUGUAGUUUUUAAAAUAAAUGGACAACAAGAACACCAAACUUAUUUAAUUGUACUGCGUAGUUAUAUUUAGAGACGAGAUAGUUUGGGACGAUGGUUCAAGUAAAGUGAUGGAUUCCCUUUCAAAUGUCAGCUGUCUUAAUCAAUACCUAGCUAAGUACUUUAGCUUAUUUAAUCAUUUAAUGAUAGCGAAUGCUUAAUGCAAUGAACUUCCUAAAUAUUUCACUUCUUACAAACAAAAUUAAUGAAAUUUCCGUGUUAUUUCUCCCAUUUUGAAAUCCUAGGUGGAGUCCCAAAGUCGGAACAUAAAUGAACCAAAGGGUAGGACAUAAUUAAAUAAAUGUUUAGCCUAAUAAAACAAAAUGCUAUAAUUAAUAAGGUGCAAAGUACCUAUCUAAUGAUAGAUAUAUUUCGGCAUUCUCUUACAUGUAAUGUAUAAAUGAUGACCCUGAAGGAGUAAAACCCCGAUAAGUAACGUUGUAAAUUAAACAUUUUAGUUAUGAUGUGUCGUCAGAUAUUUUGAAAUCGAUUUGAUGUAACUUUAUUAAGUGUAUAAUAAAUAUUGAACCUAUUGUCAUGAAACUGUUGUGAUUGUUAUAUAUUUGAAGUUGCAUUUUCAUUAAAGUAAUUAGAAGUAUAUUUUCCAUAGUGCUGCCAAAAUAUUAAUGAUAUACUAGAUGUAGUCAUGUUGUUUACAUAACGGAAUAUUUUGAGGUUCGUGAAUUUAUGGAAUGUAUUUUGAUGUGAUCGAGGAAUGUAUAACACUGUGUACGUGAUCUAAUAAAUCACUAAUUAAAAACAAGUUCAUAUGAAUACAA